UUGAAUUUAAAAUCCUGGCAUUGUAUUGGUCAGGACUUGUGCCUUUCCUUUGUCCCACCUUCAUCCCCUUGCACGCUUGCGCCUUUUUGCCGGUUGUGAGCAGCAUUGUGGACCGGCCUGUUAACGGGUUUCCCCUACAAGCCGCGCUCUACUGCUCAGAGAGGCUUUUUUGCUGACUAGGAUAAGUGGUCCAAGAUGAAGUCGUCCAGACCUCUGUGUGCGUCGCAUAUCUCUAUGCCGCCGCUCCUCAGAUCUUUGGAUGUUGUCCUUGAGCUCUUAUGUUUCUUGGAUGCUGGGAGCAUAGUCAGGCUCAGCAUGACGUGCAAGCGGCUCUAUAGAGAGUUGAAUGGGAGUCGUUAUAUUUGGUUGAGGACUAUAAGAAAGAGUUCGGAUUCGCUUCCUGAGGCAGGACGUAUUGCGCGACUGAGGGAAAUUGCUACGAGGCCUUUUCGGUUACGUGGAGGAUUCCAACGAAUGAAUCCUUCGGCCCCCCAUCACCUGAGCCCGGGCCGCCCUGGCGGUGUCAAUAAUUUUGGUUCUACCGUGGCCCAUGGUGGGAUUCCAAUGGCAUUCACGCGGUUUAAACUGGUGUACGGCCAAGAUUGGACCGAACUGCGUCGACUGCCCUUGCUGUUCCCUGGUGGGAGAUACAUGCUCACGACGGGAUCGUUUAGAGACUUCAUGGACGCCAUAUUUUUCUGGGAUUUAAGUGAUGUGAAGCAAGGUGAAGGGAUAUUGGCGAAUUCCAUACAUCCUAUUGCCAAGGUGGAGGUACGGGAGAAAAAGGAUGUGAGCGGGUUGGAUCUCAAAGUGCAGUAUGAUCCGCUCUCGGAGCAGGUGGUGGUUUUGGCACAUUUUUGUGAUUAUCCUAAUCAUCAGUCGUGAGUAUUUUUAGCUACCCCGCUCCCUGUUUCUGUCGUUAUUCAUGCGCCUUUUUUCCUUCGAUGUUGUUAUCCACGAAACCCUCUUCUUGGCGAUAUCACCUCGCUUUGUUGGGGCUCACCCUUC